ACAGCUGAAGCGAAAGCAUCUGGCUGCAGCCGUCAGUGUCGUAUUUCCCAAGAAGAUUAAGACAGGCAUUUCCAAGGACUGUAUAACUACCGAUAUCAAUAAAGCUGGCAACAUCAGAAAGGCUGUCAAAAUUGACAAGACUAGCAAGGCUAGAAAGAUCAGUAAGGCCAGCGAAGACGACGAGGUCAUUGCAGAGCCGUUCGGGCGCAAGCCCGUUGUCGCAGAAUCAGAUGAGGAUCUGUUUGUGACCUCAGAUGACGACAUACCCGAUGCCGUCAGAACCCGAACUUCCACUGACCGUGAGAUCUUGGAGUACAUGCACCGGUACAUUCGAUGCUCAACUCAAGACCGCCUAAGGGAGCAACUGUUUCACAUGAAGGAGCAAAAUGAGCUGACCACUCGCCUCCUCAGGGAAAUCUCUCAGCUGAGAGCCGAGGCUGGACGCUUGGAGACCGAGUUGUCCGUGAAGGCUAUGAAGAUCAAGUUAUUAUGCAAGCGAUUGUGAACA